GAAGCGCAGUAGUGCCAUUGGAGUGAGUCAUCGCGCAGAAAGGUGGACGCGCAGAGCGAGCAGGAGGGCAGAAAGAGGAAAAAAGAGAAAAAGGACGCGCAUCUGAAAAGGUGAAGGUAGCGCUGUCGCUCCUUUGAGUCAUAUCGCCAAAAACGGGACAAAAACAGGGACGAAACCUGCGCCGAGUUUCAUUUACAGAAAGAGUACUCCGGGAGCAGCAGCAGCGCCUCCCCGGGCCAGCAGGACUCCUUCCCCAGCGGGAGCCCCCUCUCAGCCUCCAGCUACCAGAAGUACAGAGUCGACAUGCCUGGCUCUAGUAGUGCCUUUAUUCCCACCAUUAACGCCAUAACCACCAGCCAGGACCUGCAGUGGAUGGUCCAGCCCACAGUCAUCACCUCCAUGUCCAACCCAUACUCACGCUCACACCCGUACGGCCUGCCUGUGUCCAGCGGCCCCGGACUCCUCGGCCACACCGCCCUCGCACGACCUGGGGUCAUCCGCUCCAUCGGUGACGCUCGCGGACGACGCAAAAGAGAUGAGCAGCUGACGCCAGAGGAAGAGGAAAAAAGGAGAGUGAGACGAGAGAGGAACAAGCUGGCUGCGGCUAAGUGCCGAAAUCGGAGGAGAGAGCUGACCGAGAUGCUGCAAGGGGAGACUGAAAAGUUGGAGGAGGAGAAAGCUGACCUACAGAAAGAGAUUGAGACACUGCAGAAGGAGAAGGACAAGCUGGAGUUCAUGCUGGUGGCCCACAACCCGGUCUGCAAGCUGCCUCCAGACGAACGCCACCAGGGGUCACUUCCCCAGCAGUGCACCCCUCUCCCCUUGACCAUGCGCCCUGGCCUGGGCUCACGGGGCCCGCUCAACACCCUGAGCCCGGUGGUGGUGAAGCAGGAGCCCAUGGAGGAUGACUACGAGGAAGACGAGAGCAAAAGCCAGCACUCGGUCAUCAAGCCCAUCUGCCUGGGCGGGGGCGCAUACUGCUCUGACGGCGACAGCCUAAACACUCCCGUGGUGGCCGCGUCCACUCCGGUGUCCACCCCCAGCAACCCCAGCCUCAUCUUCACCUACCCCAGCAUGCUGGAACCCGAAAGCCCCUCGCCAUCUUCAGAGUCUUGCUCCAAAGCCCACCGGCGCAGCAGCAGCAGUGGAGACCAGUCGUCAGACUCGCUCAACUCGCCCACCCUGCUGGCUCUCUGAGUCGCAGCCCAGCCGCACUCUUUCAUCCCCAGCUGGGAACCGUCCCAGGACCUCAUCUCUACAAAGCCGAGAACCCUCAAGGGCUAGUUUGCUCGUUUUAUUUAAAAUGUCUCAGAAGGGAUUUUUUUUUCCGUUUGUUUUGUUUAUGUGUUUGUGAGAAUCAAACAUUUUCACCCACGACGACAAAGAACAACAAGGCUGGACUGGAAUUGAGACCAGAAUUGAGACUUAACACAAGAACGAAGAGGAGACCUUUGGUUUUCCUCUGAUCGCGCUCGCCGUGUUCGGUCGCGAGCAUUCGAUAACACCAUUCGAAAAAGUGUUUUUCCCAUCGUUUGGGAAAAGACAGGGACAGCGAAAAGGGGUUGGGGAAGCCCCCGUUCGGUACAGUCUGGGAUCGGACACUACAGAGUUAGGUGGACGUCCUCAACAAACCAGCUUGACAUUUACAUUGACUGCCCUUUGUAUUUAUGACCUAUGUGAAUAUAUUGUCCGGUUGUAUAUUGUGUCCUGCUGUUUAAAACAUGUCAAGGGUUCACUGGAUGAGCCUCAGUGUCUCAAAGAGAAAGAAACAAACGUGUAUUAUUAAAGGCUGACCUCUUCGACUUUAUCAAUACCUGGCACAGGAACCAUGGUAAUGUUGCAAACUUUUACAUUAUUUUUGCUAUGUAUAUUAAAAAGAAAAAAAGAAACACUUCACUGAAUUUAUUGUCAGGGAUUUUUGUCUGUGUGAGUGAGCCACACAAGCAUUACUAAAAGCAAUUGCACACAGCGUACAAAACAUGUCAGAACACAGGGGUAUGUACCUGAGGACAAACUCUAGCCAUAUUAGGUUCAGCCUCCAACCCUUUACAAGGCAAUACUGCUUUCUAUUGGGCAGACACUGUGGUAUUAAAAUGGAAAUAAUGAUUAUGACUAUGUAUUACUUUUCUAACGUACUUUCACGGCUUGAUCGAUAGAUGUCGUUUUUUGCAGACUUGUAGAGUUUGAAGCCAAAUGGACACCCUCAAACACUGGGCGAGCCUCAACCGCCAGACAUGGGACCAGAUGCACUUUGUUACUGAUCACAAAAAAAAAAACAGCGGCAUUCCUUUUACAGUCGAACGUAGAAAGAACGAGCUGAAUGCCUGCCAGGAAUCACGGACGUGAUGCUGAGACACUUCUAAUUUCUUGCUAGUGCGAAGAACUGAUAUCAGUUGCAAUAUUUCUGAACUGUUUACUUCAAACAUUCCUUUGGGAAGCGGACGGGAUAGUGCUGUAUCGGAGAGCGCUGUCAUCUUUGCCAGACCAAAGCGGAAUAAUGCUGGGGUAGAUCUGAAGGAAUCUUCUUUGUUGCUUAUUUAUGUUGGGAAUUUUUCAAGGCCACCAAGGAUCUGGAAGAGAAUUACGAUUUUUCUAAUGAACGAGAGAGAAUAAAGGAAUAUAGUGGAGAAAAUCAGUUGAAUACCAAAAAAAAAAACAAAGUGCGUGACGACUUGAGUUGUAACCAGUCUGUCUGUCAGUCUUUG